UUUUUGUGUGGACCUAAGGAGCGAUAGAAAGCGGAACAGAUCAACAGAAGAAGACAGAAGGAGUGACCGUUGGCAAGGCUGAGGCAUCGUCUGUCACUCCUCCCAGGCGGUGCACGGCAGACAUCAGCUGAGGCAGGAACCUAGACUACUUGAGGAUGUCUCUUGUACGUCACUGGGCAAGACGGCUGCGUGGUGAUCGCUUGCCCCUGAGGCGAGGACUGUGCUCAUCGUCAUGGCUCUCAAAAAGCGAGGAAAGCAGUAAAGAGAAAGUCUGGUACUCCCCCAACGUGGAGGUGGAGAAACAGUCCUGGAAUGCCCCCAAACUUCGCAGCCAGAACCAGGUACCGACUAACGAAUGGCAGGGUUUAUUCCACCAAUUCAUGCCGGAGAAGGGACAUGCCAUGGAUAUUGUUAGCUACCUGCAGAGAGGCAUUGACCUGAGGCCGUCGUCAGUGCGGAGGUGGUGGAGCAGUUUGCAGAGGGAGGCUGCUGGCAAAGAUCAAAUGUUCAACCCUCAGCGUGUGGCAACUCUGGGGUUUGAGUUGGCAGCGGCUCACUUUAUCGUGCACCGUGGCGGCAAAGUGCGCUUCAGAGGGGCUCAAGAGUGGGUGCAGCAGGACGAGGACGGACUGUAUGAUUUAGCCCGAAACUUCCAGCCUGGCGUGUACAUGGAGGAGAUUGAUGCCAGGGGUGUCAAUCUAGUGUAUGAAGGCCUGGAGAGCAUGAAGAACCUUCAUUGCCUCAAGGGCCUCAAUGUUGCCAAUAGUCCCAACAUUGAUGACUGGUGUAUUGAUCGCAUCUGCUCCGAGUUUUCUGGCAGCCUGGAACACCUGGACCUGAGUGGCUGUACGCAGGUGACGGACCGAGGUGUUGCUGCGCUCGCCAGGCUCAGAUGCCUACAGACCCUCAACCUUGAAGGCCUGGACAGCAUUCGGGACAUCAAGCUGCUGUGUCUGCUUCUUGAGGACGAACUCCCUGAAAUUAAAAUAUUAGGGAUAGAUUACAUGAACCCCCAAGCGCUGGAACACUCUUAGGUGUGUUUGUAGGCCUAGGGAGUUGUAGAGUUGUGUUCACCUGUAAUUUAUUAUUUUUCUUCUUCUUUGUUUGAGUUUCCUAUUUCCUGUAUGGGGUUGGAUGGGCUAUCAGUUUCUCCCACUUGUGAUGAUCAUAAACUCUCCUGUUCAUCUGUAAUAUAUUCAUCAAAAUUCAGUUUAUGAUGGCGGAAUGGGGACAAAAUAAUGUUAUUGAUGGUAUCUUGUCUAUCUAUUUGUCUAUCUCUCUAUCUCUGACACUCCAGCCUCUGACCCCAUCAAGGAACUUCCCUCAAGGGGGAGGCAAUGGCAGGAGUUAUCAGUUUUCUUUGUUCACUGUUCUGUUUUCUGUUCAUUCCCUCUCAGCACAUUGAAUCCCUUGGUUUUCUGUUCAUUCCCUCUCAGCACAUUGAAUCCCUUGGUUUUCUGUUCAUUCCCUCUCAGCACAUUGAAUCCCUUGGUUUUCUGUUCAUUCCCUCUCAGCAACAUUGAAUCCCUUGGUUUUCUGUUCAGUCCCUCUCAGCAACAUUGAAUCCCUUGGUUUUCUGUUCAGUCCCUCUCAUCACACUGAAUCCUUUGCCUACUUUCUUUCUCUCUACUCAUUCACUCUGUUGGUCCGAUUUACCGCUAGUCCGCCACUGAUGCCAUUUCCCUCAAUCUUACUCUCACACACACUUCACAAAUGACUGUAAAUACUCAUGUAACAUCAACCCUCCCAAGACUGUGACAUUCUCGACUGUCUGGAUUGUUUGUCUUAUAAAUGAAGCUGUACUG